UCGACGAUUCACGUGUACCCACGGAAGCAAUUCUAACCUCAACAAAAAAGAACGCGAGAAGACACGAGAAUCGUUUCGAUCAGCUUCCCGGAUGAUCUACCAGUGAGAGCCAACAUGGCGUCGACCGAUCUGUCGUUCGGCUCUAUACCAGCCUUCUACAGAGAGGUCUACGAGAAGAUCUGUUCACCUACAGGUGGAAAUGUCGAACGAGAAGUUUUUAAAUCCCUUCUCGUCAAGUCUCAGCUGAGCAGCUCGGUCCUCAGUCAGAUAUGGGAACUCGUGGACAGUAAGACGGGUUAUCUCACGAGGAGUGGAUUGUAUAAGGGCCUUGCCCUCGUCGCCUUUGCUCAACAAGGAAAGCAACCAAGCGACAAGCUUCUGGAAAACUCCGAAUCUCAAGAAUUACCUGUUCCGGUUCUCGGCGAUUUAUCGGAAGUGACGCUAUUAGCUCAAAGACUGCACAGAGGUAACAAUCCUGCGAAACUGAAUCUCACCUAUACCGACAUAUGCAAUUUAGACACGAUAGAGGUCAACUUGGUACCCGAGAAGAAAGGUAUCUUUUUAAAACACGUGGAAUAUCAAGUUACAAGCAAGCGAUUUAGUUCCGUAGUUUACAGACGGUACAACGAUUUUGUGUCACUGCACGAACUUCUUCUGGCGAGGUUUCCUUAUCGAUUGAUACCGAAAUUACCACCAAAAAAGAUCGUAGGAGCCGAUUCUCAAUUUUUGGAAGAACGAAGACGAUCUCUUCUGAGGUUUUUAACAUUGAUCGCUCGUCAUCCAGUAGUGAACAAGGAUCCGAUUGUACAUUUCUUCUUCACUUACACCGGCGAGGAGACUCAGCAUAAGAUACGCGAAGUUUUCCGACGAGUUCCGGACGAAUUCGCGACCUCUGAAUUAUCCUCCAGGGCAAAGGAAUUAGUACCACCAGAAACUCUUACGGAAUUUGCAAAUAGCAGAGAUCAGAUAAGAGUUAUACUAUUAGGUAUAUCACGUUUGAAAAAUAUAGCCGACUGUUUGGCUAUUAGAUCUCAUAGUUACGCCGUUGACAUGGCUGAAUUGGGAACGCAAUUGAACAAUUUGGCUUCCGAGCCACAUGGUGCUAGCUCUUGGGUCACCGGAGGUUCUACGAUCUGGCAGGACAUGAAGAAAGGUUUCCAUGUUAUUUCAAAGGAAUUUAAUCUAUUGUCCACGAGAGCAUUGCAACAAGCAGUUAGAGAAGAGACUAUGAUCUGCGAGAGACUGAACUUUUUGUUAGAUAUUCUCGUAGCUCAUAGAAUAUUAUGCGAAAGACAUGAAAGAGGUGUUAGUGCUGAUCAUCAACGUGCGUUAUCGACAAUGUUGUCUCUAAAAAAACGACAAAUGCAAGGAGUCAUUCGUGGAACUGACGCUGAUACAGUUGAGUACCUGGAAAAUAAAAUGGUUGCUCAAGAAUCCGUUAUUGCGAACGUCGAACUAAGGAAUUGUUUUUCAUUGCAUUGUUUGCAUAUGGAAACACAACUCGUUCAUGCUCACUUGGAAAUACUCGCCACAGUCUUACAAAGUCUUGUAAGCGUGCAAAUAAGAGGACACUCCGAGCUUGCCGAGGUAUGGAAGUUAAUAGAGCCUACGAUUACAAAAUGCUUACCGGAAAAGUCAGCAAGCGGAUCAAACGGAGUGUCAUAGCAAACAAAGAACUUUUUAAUUGUUUCGUCCUUAGUGAUAUCAUUCGUACAAACGAUAGGUAACGAACAUGACUGACAUAUAAAUUCAGGAUAGGUGGCAUAACGCGAAUCCUCUGUUAACGAGAAAUAUCUCGUGGAAUUAAUUUCGUUUUGCAAAACAGAUAACGAACGCUCGAUCAAUUAUUAUCCUAUUUAAUAGGAUUUAGGAUUAAGUUUUCGAGAUUCAUCUUUUUUUAUACAGUAGAGCCUCCCGUAUUCAAGCACCCAUUAUUAUUCCGAAUACCCUAAGUCUACAUGUACCCUGUAAACUAGAGUCAUCGAUGAUCAUAUUCAAGGCAAUAUAUGAGUAUUAUUAGAAAAAUACGACUCUCCUGGUUGCCACGAUCAGUGAAAUAAAUACAAGCAUUCGCACUACAAGCAACUAUUUUGGAUACCAGACACCGGUGAAUGUAAUUCUCAAGGAGUGUAAGACAUUAUAACAAUGAAUUCAUUCAGCUAAUGAAUACAGUUCCGGACAAAAUUAAUUUUCUUUGUUUCGAAACUCUAAAAUAUCCUCGUUUAGAGAACGAAAAAUCAUUUCAAGUGACCGUGACAAAAAGAAAUUUAUACUUUCUAAUAUCUUCAAAAAAUUCUUCAAAAAUUUCUUUUUUAAAUAUUCCUUCAAUAUUCCUGUAAUAAUGGAUUUACAUAAUAUUAGUUUUUAUUUCUUUUUUUUUUUUAACUAUUAUUAUAAGAAUCUCCUUGAUAUCCAUUCUGUUCGACCGUUGCUAGAAUACUAAUUCAAGUCGUCAACAAUACGCAUACAGUUUAAUAUCUUGAAUUCCUGUUCUACUAUCCGAACAGGAUGUCUCUUAGCAACAGAUGCCUUCUGUCGCAAAUGCAUACAUACAUACAGCAUGCAUAUAUACAUAAUACAUAUGUAGUAUGCAUACUAUAUAUAUUUCCUUCUGUUCGACCGAGCAAAUUCUGAUUGUAACAAUGUAGUAACAGAGUACAAGUGUGACUAUAGCAACUAAGCGGAAACAAAUUAAAUUUUAACAUCAGAAAAGUGAUUAUUCUAUUAUCUGAAAGCUAUUGUCUUUCAAUUGAUUCGAGAGACUCUACUGUAUUUCACUUUUUAAACAAUAGUCGCUCGCUUAUACGAUCUUAAUGGUAAAAAUGCGAAAAUAUUUCGAAUUUUUACCGAAAAAAAAAAUUAAGAUAGUCGAAUAUAAAUAAUUCAUGUAAGUUUUAUGUACAAAGUUCAUUGCACACAUCACGAAAGAAAAGGAAAAAAAAUGAAAAAAAACAAAAAACAAAAAAAAACAAAAAAUGAUCGAUACAAUUUCCGUAUAAGU